AUGUUAAGCGGCAUUCUCGUCUUCAAUCAGAAAGGCGAGAACCUGAUAUUCCGCGCCUUCAGACCUGAUUGUCGCCCACGACUGGCAGACAUCUUCCGCAUCCAGGUCAUAUCCAACCCUCAAGUUCGUUCACCUAUCCUGACCCUCGGCUCCACUACCUUCAGCCAUGUCAAACACGAGAACAUCUACAUCACGGCAGUCACUAAGAGCAAUGCCAAUGCUGCGAUCGUUUUCGAAUUCCUGUACAGGUUUAUUAGUCUGGGAAAGGGCUACUUUGGGAAGUUUGAUGAAGAGGCUGUGAAGAACAACUUUGUGCUCAUCUAUGAGCUACUAGAUGAGAUUCUGGACUUUGGCUACCCUCAAAACACCGACGUCGAUGUCCUCAAGAUGUACAUAACUCCAGACAACAUCUCCUCCGCUAUCCGGUCCGUCUCUUCCACGACCCCAGGCGAUUCCGUCUCCAGAAUUACUAUGCAGGCUACCGGCGCACAGUCAUGGCGCAGAGGAGACAUCAAGUACCGCAAGAACGAAGCCUUUGUUGAUGUAAUAGAGGAUGUCAACCUUCUCAUGUCUGCUACAGGUACUGUCCUCCGUGCGGAUGUCUCUGGUCAGAUUGUUAUGCGUGCAUAUUUGACCGGCACACCAGAAUGCAAAUUCGGGCUCAACGAUCAGCUCCUCCUUAAUCAAGUCGGUGGUCCCUCGUAUGGUGAAAUCGGAAAUCGUGAUGGUUCUCGCAAAGCCACGAAAGCCGCUGCUGGCAGUGUCACUCUGGAGGAUUGCCAAUUCCACCAGUGCGUGCAACUCGGAAAAUUCGAUCAAGACCGGACUAUCAGUUUCAUUCCACCAGAUGGAGAGUUCGAAUUGAUGCGCUACCGAGCCACCGAGAACGUUAACCUCCCUUUCAAAGUCCAAGCCAUCGUCCGCGAAGUAGGAACCACAAAAGUCGAGUACUCAGUCGCCAUAAAAGCAAACUAUGGUGCCAAACUCUUCGCUACAAAUGUCCUCAUCCGCAUUCCUACUCCUCUCAAUACAGCUGCGAUUAAUAAUCGCACAACUCAGGGAAAAGCCAAAUAUGAACCUGAAAACAACUGUAUCAUGUGGAAGAUUGCUCGCUUUGUAGGAGGCAGCGAAUACGUCCUCAGCGCGGAGGCCAGUCUGACUAGCAUGACGCAGCAGAAGGCCUGGAGUCGGCCACCACUGAGUGUGAACUUUAGUCUUUUGAUGUUCACGAGUUCGGGGUUACUGGUGAGAUACCUCAAGGUGUUUGAGAAGGGCAACUAUAGUAGCGUCAAGUGGGUGAGGUACAUGACCAGGGCUGGGAGCUACGAGGUCAGAUUUUAG